AGCAUCAGGCUCAAGGCUCACGCGUGCAUCAACGACCUACUUUUUGCUGCACGACCCGCCAGAUUCUCAACAAAGAAACUCAACAAUGGCGCACCGUAGCGCUGUCAUGAUCGCAUUUGUAUGCGGAGCCCAGCUCUGCCAUGGCUCUCCGGGCAACUUCCGCGGCUCAGGCGGCGGCCCCGCCUCGGACCGCACGGUCUCGGUGAAGGACGUGGAGUCGAGUCUGGGGGCCUCCCUGGAGGCAGUCCUGCAGGGCGGCAGCGUUGCCAUGGCCAGCCGGUUGUCCCGCAUCGAGUCCGCCAUGUGGGAGACGUUUCAGGCUCUGCCCAAGAACGGCAUGGGGCGCCUGGCGCCGCGAGCGGUGCGCCACAUCUCGAACUUUUUCUUCCUCUUACAUCGUGCACAGCUACUUCGCGAAGGAGCACGGCUGGAUCAUCAACGGGCUGGAGCCGCACGGCAUGCACGCCAACGUCACCGAGGUGCACGAGGUGGACCUCCUGCAAGACAAGGCGCCGGCGUUCGUGGAGGCCCUCCUCGAGUCUCGCCGCGCCGGCCGGGGGCUGUCCCUCGGCGACGUGGUGGCGAUGGCGGCGGCCCUGGAGCGCCUCAUCUUCGACGAGUCCCUCUCUCUCCUGCAGGUGGCCUACGCGCUCAACGGCCAGUCCGCCGCGGAGCGGCUGGGGGCGGGUGAGCUGCACGAGGUGCUGUCGUCUUACCUGAUGAUGUUCGAGAUGGGCGCCCGCGCGAACAUCACAGACGCCCCGAGGCACCGCGCCGUGAAGGACGCCAUGGCCAGCGCCGGGGGCAGCUGGCCGCUCCUCGUGGAGUUCGAGCAGGCGGCCGUGCACAACUACGACUUCGAGAGCUACCACCGGACCAACCCGUUCGUGGCGCGCCAGUAUUCGUUCGGCGAGGCCUCUCGGGUGGUGGAGGGUCUCGCGCGGGACUACGGCAAGUGGCAGAACACCGAGUGCCGCCAGAUGCGGCAGGAGCUGGAGGAGCUGGACCCAGACGGCUCGGGGCGCGUACCUCUCCGGACCUUCUACUCGCAGCCAGAGGCGGCCGACUACCAGUUCACCGAGUCCGUCGACUACCUCCGGCAGAUCGGCGCGCUGGACGAGGCCACGAGCAGCGUCCGCAUCUCCAACUACAUGGUGGGGCCCUCGAACUGCAUCGCCAGGUCGACGUACUACUCCGUGUGCUGCCUGAGUGACUGCGAGGGCCUGCUGAACGAACUGGAGGGCAAGAUCAAGGCCCCCACGGCCACCCCCGGCCGCAUCAUGUCGGCGGUCCGCAACCUCACCGCGUCCCCAGACAUGCGCUUGCCCCUCACCGCUGCCGAGGCGAGGCUGCGGGACAUCGCGGGCCACAACGGGGGCGAGGUGCCCCUGCACGGACGGCUCUUCGCCGAGUUCUUGCACCACGCCUUCCCCGCCGACUGCCCCUAUCCGCACCUGGCCGAGGACGCUGCGGCCCUCUCCCCGGCGCAUUGGUCCUCCGGGAGGGCCACGGCGUCCGAGGAGGAGCGCAGGCAGCACGUCGAGGCCGCGCCGGAGGACCGGCAGCAGGCGGAGCGGGCGCCGAGCACGGCGUGGAGCGACGAGGAGGUGCUGCCAGUGCUGGAGGCCCCGAGGCGCGCCCGCGGCGCCUGGAGCGGCGCCGCGCGUUCCGCGGCGCAGGCGGCGGCGGCCCUCGCGGUGCUGCGCAUCGCCAUGUCCGGGUGGCGCGCCGCCCGGGGGGCGGCGGGCGGCGCCGGGAAGCAGGGCCUCGUCCUCCCGCUGCGCGCCUGAGCUCUGCGGGGCUCCGGGCUCGGGGGGCCCGCCGCGCCCGCGGCGCGCGGGGGGGGCGCGGCGGUUGCCGUCGGCAGGCGCUCGCUGUCGCGCGCG